CUCCCUAGACAAACAGCCACCUCAAGUAGAAAAAUCAAAAUCCCCUGCUCAUGGAUCCCUAAAUCAAAGCGUUUGGCCGCCGUCUCUCACUCUACAUUUUCUCAGGGCAUCCACCCAUGGCUUCCUCUACUAUUGCUCCAACUCCCACAUCUUUCACACUCAACAAGAAAGAUUUGGGGUUCUCUGCUUUUUCGACUCGGUCAGGGUUUUCCAUUCCGAAAUGCCGGAGAACGAUUUCCAAGAAAAUUUGUUCGGUCAUGGCACCGCAGCAGUCGGAACGCAAGCCUUCGACCACUGGCUCGGUGAAGACUGGGAUGACGAUGACCGAGAAGAUACUGGCUAGGGCUUCUGAGAAAACCCAGUUGAUCCCCGGUGAGAAUGUUUGGGUUAACAUUGAUGUUCUAAUGACCCAUGAUGUUUGCGGCCCUGGUUCAAUUGGAAUCUUCAAGAAAGAAUUUGGAGAGAAUGCCAAGGUUUGGGAUCGGGAGAAGAUUGUAAUAAUACCAGACCAUUACAUAUUCACAAGUGAUGAACGUGCAAACCGUAAUGUGGAUAUACUAAGGGAUUUCUGCAUGGAGCAAAACAUCAAGUACUUUUAUGAUAUUAAAGAUCUUGGUAAUUUUAAGGCUAACCCAGAUUACAAAGGCGUAUGUCAUAUUGCUCUUGCACAAGAAGGUCACUGUAGGCCUGGAGAGGUCCUGCUGGGUACAGACUCUCACACUUGUACAGCUGGAGCAUUUGGCCAAUUUGCCACUGGAAUUGGCAACACUGAUGCAGGUUUUGUGUUGGGCACUGGGAAACUCCUGCUCAAGGUUCCCCAAACUCUGAGAUUUGUAAUGGACGGCGAAAUGCCGGAUUAUUUGCUUGCAAAAGAUUUGAUUUUACAAAUUAUUGGUGAAAUAUCUGUAUCUGGCGCAACAUAUAAAUCUAUGGAGUUUGUUGGCUCAACUGUUGAAAGUUUAACUAUGGAAGAAAGGAUGACAUUAUGUAACAUGGUUGUUGAAGCCGGGGGAAAGAAUGGUGUUGUCCCUGCUGAUAGCACCACAUAUAAGUACCUUGAGGAUAAGACCUCUGUGGCCUAUGAACCAGUUUAUAGUGAUGAACAAGCAAGAUUUCUUUCUGAGUACAGAUUUGAUGUGUCAAAACUGGAACCUCUGGUAGCAAAGCCACAUUCUCCAGAUAAUCGGGCUUUAGCAAGAGAAUGCAAAGAUGUGAAAAUUGACAGAGUGUACAUCGGAUCUUGUACGGGAGGGAAGACGGAGGAUUUUAUGGCUGCAGCCAAAGUUUUCCUAGCUUCAGGCAAGAAGGUCAAAGUUCCAACAUUCCUUGUCCCUGCAACCCAAAAGGUUUGGAUGGAUUUAUAUGGUCUCCAAGUACCAGGAUCUGGUGGCAAGACUUGCUCCCAGAUAUUUGAAGAAGCUGGAUGUGACACUCCUGCAAGUCCCAGCUGUGGUGCUUGCUUGGGUGGCCCUAAAGACACCUAUGCACGCAUGAAUGAACCAAUGGUCUGUGUGUCAACAACAAACAGGAACUUCCCAGGUCGAAUGGGACACAGAGAAGGCCAGAUAUAUCUUGCUUCUCCAUAUACUGCCGCAGCAUCAGCUUUGACAGGCUAUGUUACCGAUCCAAGGGAGUUCUUGCAGUAGGCUAUAUCAUAACUCUGCUCACCAUCACCAUGUAUGUCAUGGUUACUUUGUACUUGAAGACUGUAGGUCUAAUGGCGGACCUUAGAAGAAGUAUGGAUCUUAGAAGUUUUGUAUGAUAAUUAUUAGGAACUUGGUACUAAAUAUUGAGCUUUUAAGUGAGUUGUAGCCUGGGCCAGAAACCGUGUCUUAUGGCUGUGCUAAAAUUAUCCAUGAAAUAAAAUGAAGUUCGAUUAGGGUUGGCAA